GGGUGUCAGCGACCGAGCCGCAGGUGGCCGCGGGCGCGGGGCUCGGCCCGAGUUCGGGAGAUGGGGAAACUGAGGCACGGAGCUGGACAGUGACUCAAAUACCAGACAGGCACUAGACAGGAGCCUUCAGGGAUCACCACAGAAGCCAUCAGGAUGUCAUAUUUUGGGGAGCAUUUUUGGGUAAGUAAGAACCACUCUUAUUUCGCCUUGGUCUCCUGCAAGGGCUAGAUGAGCUUUUACGGAGAUGGAGGGACCUAGUGGCUUGUGGGUAGAGUCUAGGGCAGAUGAGGAGUCUAUAGUGGCUAGAAAUUAAAGUGGGAAGAAUCAGCCUGGGUUUGAAUCUAUACCCUGAAACCUCCCAGGCCUUGUGACCUUGGGCAAAUCAAAGCUUGAAUAGGGAGACUGAGACUACAGACUAGGGUCUACCCAGACCUGAACUUGCCCAAUGAGAAAGUACAGAGUCAGGGCUCAAACCCAGGGCCAGACUGAACUUCCAGGAUCCAGGAGCAUUCCAGCCAGGGAAUUUCCACUUCUUUGCCAUCCUGGAGAAUUGGGGGGUUUUCUUGACUUGACGCCUAUGAUCCCAUUCACCUGUCUACCCUCCAGAGUGGGAACUGCAUACUCUGACUUAAGGAGCUAAAAUGAGACACAGACUUGUUUUCUUUCAUUCAUCCACUCUCUCCCUCCCAGUCACCACCACCCCAUAUCCCCAACACCAACUCUGGGAGAUGCUAGGGCCUCCAAGAGACUCCAUUCUAGCCCUGACUCUGAGAGGUCUCCAGUCUGGGGAAGACAGAGCCAGCAAGACACCCCAGGGCUGAGUCCAGUCUUGGGUGUGCCCAGAGGAGGAGCCAGGAUAUACAGCUAUUUGCCAUAGGCUUUGGAGGCUGACUUUCCAGGAUGUCAUAAAGGCAUUCCAGGCAGGAGGAACAACAUGGGCAAAAAAUCCAGAGUUGUGACACCGGGUGGCCAGUGUAGGGCGCAAGGACUCCUCCUUCAGGGCCAGGCUAAUGGGGAACCACAGAGGAAGUAUGAACAGGAGAAUCAGAGAAGGACCAGGGCAGAAAGCCCCUUCCUCAGAGGCAGGCCUUGAGCCUGUGUGGAAGCCAGUUGCUAGGCAACUGGUUGCCCCUGGCAACAGGCCUUUCUCCCUCCCCAGCUGGGGCUCCUCUUACUAGCACUUGCUUUCUUAAAGGGGCCUGCACCACCUUGCCACCUUGAGGGUGGGGGUAGGGGGGCUGGACCUCCACCUCCUUCCCAAGGGUCAGAGUCCCUGGAUUUGCCUCUGAAUGACUGUGUGACCCCAUCAAGGGGCUGUCCCUCUCUGAGGUCCCGUUGGCCCUUCUGUGUAAGAGAGUUGAGGAUCUGGUAUUUUGGAACCCUGACAACAGCACCUACAUUUAUUCAAAAUUUCAUUUAAUGUCAUGAAGCACCUAGAUUUAUUUUUAAAUGCUUUUUAAUUGUAUGAGGCGUGCAUGCUCGCUGCAGAAACUUCAGCCCAGCAAAGAGAAAAUAGAAGCCACCCCCAGCCACCACCCCCUCCAAAGACAGUUUGGUUUACAGUGGAUGAGAGUGCUGGGUUUGGGGUUUGCAUUAGGCUCUGCUGGGAGCUCUUGGGCAGCCUCAGUUUCCUUAUCUGGGAAAGGGGCAUGAAGUUUUUGCUUCCUCAGGACUCAGGGAGUACCCCUGGAAUGUCUGUUUCUUUUCAUCUAUUGUUGGUAUUGGUAGCUCUUUUCUGGGUGGUGCUGGGGCCCUGACUGGCAUGAAGGAGGCUGUAAUCAGGGAAGAUAAGCCAGACAAGAAUGCCCCAGUCUUGUUGGACCAAGGCAGGACUGGAGGCCAGCAGAUUGCCCUUUUUAACUGACAGCUCAGAGGACACUGGGGAGCCAUGGGGGAAGUGUGAGUGGGAGAAAGAUGUGAGGCUGUAUUAGAAAGAUUUCUCUGGCGCUGGCAUGGGAGCAAGAUUGGAAUCCAGAGGUUCGGAUAGGAGACACAGGCCCAAGACAGCCCCUCCCAGGACCCUCGGCUGCCAGCCCAGCCCGAGAGAGCCAGACACUGCUGGGGGCUUUGCCAGGACUGGGAAUCAGGCCAGCAGUUGGCUCUGAGUCAGCUCCAGAUGCUGGCCUGGGCGGCAGUGCCUGGUGCAGCCUCACCCCAGGAUCCCCUGGGCAGGGUGGAUGGGGGCUGCCAGGGCUGUUUGCUGAGCCCUCACCACUGUGAGGAGGCCUUGUGCCCAGCACUGUACCAGCCUCAUCUCACUAAGACCUUUGGGAGGCGGUGGGUGCUGUCACUGUUCCCAUUGGUCAGAUGAGGAAACUGAGGACCAGAGUGGCCCAGUGCUUAAAAGGAGGAUUUGAUACUUGAGCCUUGAAAGUGCAACUCUAGACUUGAGAAGAGAGAAAAUAUAUUCCUGGGGAGCUAGAGGGAUCAACAAUGAAUGUUUAGGGAAGAAAGGGGUCUGAAAAGUUUCCUGAAGGAGGCAGUCUGGCAGAGACCCUUGAGAGGUGGAAGAAUUUGGGUGGGUAGAAAGAGCUUGUAGCCAGGUUAUGGCAACAGCUCUGGCAAAGAUACAGUGGUGGGAAGGCGCAACGUGUCUUUGCACCAUUUACUAUUUGCUGGCAAGGCCAAGAAGAAGUUGGAAGAUGAAGUUGGAAAGGCAGUUCCAGGCUAAGGACUUUGGACUUCAGUAGCUGGUGGGCAGUAGGGAGCCACUGAUGAUCCUAGAAUGAGGGGUGACUGUUAGAUUUGGGCUUGAGGCUGUCCUGGCUCUGCCCUAGUCUUGGCUUCAGAUUCUCCAUUUGGGCAGCAAGAGGGAUUAUCUGGCUUUAGCCUUCAAGCUUCCAAGUGACUGGGAGGAUGAACCUCAAGGGUUGGAAGAGGAUGGAAGAAACCAUCAUUUCUGGAGGGUCUGCUAAGGGCUCCCAAAGGGAUCGCUUCAAUGAUUUGUCUUGGGAAUUAAGUAACAUUGGAUCCCUCCAUGAGUUUCCUCUUUCAGUCCUAAUUACAAGACCCUAUUUGGUGCUAAAAUGCCUCUACUCCCCUUCAACCCCAGCGGAUCACCCUUUUUAACUGACAGCUCAGUGUUCAGCCAUGUUGCGCUUCACACAGGUUCUGGCUGGCAUUGAAACAUAGAUGUUGCCUUAUUUUUUCCUGUCUCCUUCAUUAUGCCAGGGGGUCUUGGUUUUCCACUUAGAAUAGUGGUAAAAUUUGCCCUUUUAAAUCAAUAUAUUUGGAGAAGAAACAUGAGCAACCUGAAAGCAAAGUGUUAAUUAAGUAAUACCAUGAAUUAGCAAAGACAAGAAUUGUUUGGGGGGCUUUGGGGACCCUGGCAUGGAUCAUCUUAGUAUUUACUUCAUCCCCAUAUGAGAAAUAGGUGGCUCCCUGCCCCCAUCUUAAUGAGGAGCCACUACAUGUUCGGAGAGCGACAGUGACUGGUCUGGAUCACACAGCACAACCCUGGCCUCCCCCAACAUUGACCCCAGAACUAGGAGGAAAAAGGUUUUGUGCGAGGCAUCAGCAGGCACCAGUGUAGAGGCUCUGUUCCCAACAGCACCAGGUAAUAGCAAAAUAACUUGUUCAUCUACUCAGCAAACUCAAACUCCCUUUCUGGGCCCUACACUGCACUGGAUGUUGCUGGCUCCUGAGAGAGGCAUCAGACCUGUACCCUAUUUUGUGGGGUUCUCAGAGAAGGAUUUUUCAUGUUGAAGAGAACAGAAAACAUAACUCUAUGACUUAAGCAACAGGAGCCAUAUUCGUUCAUAAAAUUGAAAAGGUAGUGUGGAUUUCAGGGUUGGUUUGAUCCAGCAAUUUUACUCAACACACUUUUUAUUCAGACACUCUCAGGUUCAGCUUUUUUCCAAAUUCAUGGUUUACAUUUGAUUUCCAGUAUUUCCUGUGACAACACAAUCUUCAUUUAUGGAAAGAUUCAGAGAAAAACAGAGGGAAAGAGACUGAUAAAGGAAGAAAUAGAGGCAGAGAGACACACAGAAAGACGCAUACCUAUACACAUGCAAAGACAGAAAGAGGCGGAGAGAGACAACCUGUGAAUGAGAAUGUUUUUCCCUCAACUAUGGGAUAAAAAUUCUAGGCUUCUUUCUGAUUGAGCCAAAUUAAGGUCUUUGAAUCAAUGCUUGUGACCAGGGGGAAAUGCAACAGGCUGAUUGGUUCAGGCCUGAACCAAUCCCUACAGCCAAGAAGAUGGACUUCUGCGGCUUAGCGCCUCAGCCCUUAGUCCCUGUUGCUAGGCAACCUUUAAGUCCUCUCCAUCCCCUUUCUCAAUUUCCACCGCCCCCCCAUCCCCUACAGGGAGAGAAAAACCAUGGCUUUGAGGUCCUGUACCAAAGCGUGAAGCAGGGGCCCAUCUCUACCAAGGAGCUGGCGGACUUCAUUCGAGAGAGGGCCACCAUUGAGGAGACCUACUCGAAGGCGAUGGCAAAACUUUCCAAGCUGGCCAGCAAUGGGACCCCUAUGGGGACCUUCGCCCCACUCUGGGAGGUCUUCCGAGUCUCCUCAGACAAGCUGGCGCUCUGCCACCUGGAGCUGACACGGAAGCUACAGGACCUCAUCAAGGACGUGCUUCGCUACAGUGACGAACAGCUCAAGACACACAAGAAGUGCAAAGAGGAAGCGCUGGGUACCCUGGAUGCCGUGCAGGUCCUUGCAGGCGUCAGCCAGCUCCUGCCCAAGUCCCGCGAGAACUACCUGAAUCGUUGCAUGGACCAGGAGCGGCUGCGGAGGGAGAGCACCAGCCAGAAGGAGAUGGACAAGGCAGAGGCCAAGACCAAGAAGGCGGCAGAGAGCCUGCGGCGUUCAGUGGAGAAAUACAACUCAGCCCGCGCUGACUUCGAACAGAAGAUGCUGGACUCGGCUCUGCGCUUCCAAGCCAUGGAGGAGACCCACUUGCGGCAAAUGAAGGCACUUCUGGGCUCUUAUGCCCACUCAGUGGAGGACACCCAUGUGCAGAUUGGGCAGGUGCAUGAGGAGUUUAAGCAGAACAUAGAAAACGUCAGUGUGGAGAUGCUGCUGAGAAAGUUUGCAGAAAGCAAGGGCACAGGCCGGGAGAAGCCUGGGCCUUUGGACUUUGAGGCAUACAGUGCAGCUGCCCUGCAGGAAGCAAUGAAACGUUUGCGGGGAGCCAAGGCCUUUCGCCUCCCAGGACUGAGCCGGCGGGAGCGGGAGCCACCUGCAGCUGUAGAUUCCCUGGAGCCCGAAUCAGGGACGUGUCCAGAGGUGGAUGAAGAAGGUUUCACUGUCCGGCCUGAUGUGACCCAGAACAGCACCGAGGAGCCCUCCCGCUUCUCAUCCAGCGACUCCGAUUUCGAUGAUGAGGAGCCCCGCAAAUUCUACGUGCACAUCAAGCCUGCCCCAGCCCGGGCCCCAGCCUGCAGUCCGGAGGCAGCUGCAGCACAGCUCAGGGCCACAGCUGGCAGCCUCAUCUUGCCUCCUGGCCCAGGGGGCACCAUGAAACGCCAUUCUUCACGAGACACUGCUGGGAAACCACAGAGGCCUCGAUCUGCUCCAAGGGCUGGCAGCUGUGCCGAGAAACCGCCUUCUGAUGAGCAGGUUUCCAAGAACCUCUUUGGGCCGCCGCUAGAGUCUGCCUUUGACCACGAAGAUUUUACAGGCUCUAGCAGCCUCGGCUUCACCUCCAGCCCCUCGCCUUUCUCCUCCUCGUCGCCUGAGAAUGUGGAGGACUCUGGCCUGGACUCACCGUCCCACGUGGCGCCUGGUCCCUCCCCGGAUUCCUGGGUCCCCCGCCCGGGCACCCCACAAAGCCCACGUACCUGUAGGGCGCCGCCCCCGGAGUCGAGGGGGACACAGCCCCUGCCACCAUCAGACUCGCCGCAGCCCCUUGCACCAUCCCCGGGCCCCUGGGGGCUGGAGGCUAUGGCUGGAGGAGACUUGAUGCCUGUACCCGCCGACUUUGCAGCCAGGGAGGGCCUGACAGCCCCACCCCGGAGACCCCGCUCCAGGAAGGUGUCCUGUCCCCUCAUGCGCAGCAACGGGGACCUGUCUCGUUCCCUCAGCCCCUCCCCACUGGGCUCUUCGGCCCCCAGCACCAUCCCAGAACGGCCCAGCUUCUCAUCCCAGACAGGACAUGGAGUCUCCCGGGGCCCAAGCCCUGUGGUCCUGGGCUCUCAGGAUGCCCUGCCUGUGGCCACUGCCUUCACUGAGUAUGUCCACGCCUACUUUCGUGGCCACACCCCCAGCUGCCUUGCUCGAGUAACUGGGGAGCUGACCAUGACCUUCCCUGCCGGCAUCGUGCGUGUGUUCAGUGGAACCCCACCCCCACCAGUCCUCAGCUUCCGCCUUGUGCACACGGCCCCCAUUGAGCACUUCCAACCCAAUGCCGACCUGCUCUUCAGUGACCCCUCCCAGAGUGACCCUGAGACCAAAGACUUCUGGCUCAACAUGGCAGCUCUGACUGAGGCCCUGCAGCGCCAGGCAGAGCAGAAUCCAGCUGCCUCCUACUACAAUGUAAUGCUGCUGCGAUACCAGUUCUCCCGCCCGGGUCCCCAGUCCGUGCCUCUGCAGCUGAGUGCCCACUGGCAGUGCGGGGCCACCCUCACUCAGGUCUCAGUGGAGUACAGCUACCGGCCCGGUGCCACGGCCGUGCCCACGCCACUCACCAAUGUCCAAAUCGUGCUGCCCAUUGGGGAGCCUGUGACCAAUGUCCGUCUGCAGCCGGCUGCCACCUGGAACCUGGAAGAGAAGAGGCUCCUAUGGAAGCUUCCAGAUGUGUCCGAGGCAGGGGGUUCUGGCCGCCUAUCUGCCAGUUGGGAGCCAUGUUCGGGGCCCAGCACGCCCAGCCCUGUAGCCGCUCAGUUCACCAGCGAGGGGGCCACUCUAUCUGGUGUGGACCUGGAGCUGGUGGGGAGUGGCUACCGCAUGUCCUUGAUAAAGAAGAGGUUCGCCACAGGUAUGGCCCUGCCCUGCUGCUGUGCACCCGUGGAGCCAGGACCGUGCCAGGUUCCGAGCCCCGUUCCCUGCUUCUGCCGCUGUGUGGGGGUGGGGGUGGCAUUUGAGGCCUUUGCAAUGAAUAGGUGGGUGUUGGGACCUGGAGACCCAAGAUGGAGGGUACCGGUAGAGAGGGGUGCUCAGAGCCCCAGUCGGAAGGGUCAAGUGGCCCCAAGAGGGUGUCCCUGCAAGAACCCAAGUUGGAGAGCCAGACUCCCCAAUGCUGCACAGACCCACUCCCAACCCAUUCUCCUGUCCCCACAAUGGGACAGUGGGAACAAUGAGUUACAGGGGUGUUUCGAAGAGGAUUGGGGGAUCCCAGGGUGGGGGAAAGGGGCCCCCUUCCCCCCUCACAGCCCCACCCCCACAGGGAUGUACCUAGUGAGCUGCUGAUCCUGCAGAGGCCAACCAGCACCGCUGGCCCCAGCUCUGUGCUGCAUCCUGGUGCUCGCUGACUGCUCCCUGCCCUCCUGCUGGACCCAGGGGUCCCCCACUCGGCCUCCCCUGAGGCCCCCACUCCAUGGAGAAAGUCCCUAUGCUCAGUCCUGCUGAGCCUGAGAUUCACUUUUGUUCAUAUCAACUCCCAUGAAGGUCCUUGGACUUUUAAUGUUCUUUGAAUAAACACUCUAUUUUCUAAUAAAUAAAAAAUGAGCCUUUUCCUGCUCCA